AUGAUAGGUAUCCUGGAGAUCGGGAGGGCAGACUUGUGGACAACGGCAGGAUCUGGAAAGAGUGUCCAUCGUGAUACUGAUAGAGUGGCCAUCGAUGGUAGUCCGCAGCUCUGCCAGGUUACUCGAGGCAGCAAAAGUUAUACAGGAAUUCUGGGUAUGCCCAGAAUGACUGCUUAUUUUGGUUUUUAUGAGAUUUGUACUCCUAAGAAAGGAGAAUAUGUGUUCGUCUCUGCAGCAUCUGGUGCAGUUGGUCAGUUCGUUGGGCAGUUUGCAAAGUUGAUGGGGUGCCAUGUUGUUGGAAGUGCCGGAAGUAAAGAAAAUAUGAGUCUUGUUGAUCUGUUGAAGAACAAGUUUGGUUUCGAUGAUGCAUUCAAUUACAAAGAAAAGCAUAACUUGGAUGCAGCUUUGAAAAGGUACUGUCCUGAAGGCAUUGACAUUUACUUUGAGAAUGUUAGGGGAAAGAUGCUGGACGCAGUGCUCCUCAAUAUGAGGGACCGUAGUAGGAUUGCUAGCUGCAGAAUGGUCUCAAAAUACCAAAUAAACAAUUUAGCAAUCUACCCAAAGCAGAAAAGUAAAAUACAAUGUUGUUCAAAGGCAAAAACACGAAAUUUCAUCUCUGUCCUCUUCUCUUCUUGGAUACACUGCUUGACCUAA